AUGGAGGGUUCAGGGUUUUACACCUUCGAGUUCAUAGUGAACGUCAUUUUGAAAGGAAGGAAGCAUUUGAAAGACUGGAUGGCCUGGGUGGAUGUCGUUGUCUUGAUCUGCGGCUACCUGGAGAUCUUCACCCGGCUGUUUCCCGAAUAUCCUGCGGAACUGGAUCUCGCGCAUAAUCUCCGCGUGUUGCGGCUUGUGCGCAUCUUCCGCUUGACCAACUUCCUCCGCAAAGCACGGUCCUUACGGGAGUUGCAGAAGAUGGUCACCAUGCUCAGCACCUGUCUGAAGACACUGGCAUGGUCCUUUGUUUUCUGCUUCGGGAUGAUGACGAUCUGGUCGAUGCUCAUGGUGGAGCUCGUGCAUCCGAUAACAGAGGAGAUGUAUGCAGAGAGUCCAACGGACCUAGACAUCGAAGAUGCAUACACAUCGACGGCAUCGAUCAUGGCCGCCAACCUCCUCCUGUUCAAGACCGUCAUCGCAGGCGACAGCUGGGGGACCAUUGCAGUACCGAUCAUCCGAAGAGAGCCGUUCACGGCCCUGAUUUUCUGCGGAUCCCUGAUGACGCUGGUCUUUGGCGUCUUGAACCUUAUCGUAGCGGUGAUCGUCGACACCUUCGCGGAAGCCCGCGAAAGAGACAUCAUGAACCUAGCAGAGGAGUUAGAACUCAGUCACGAAGACGACAAGAAGUUUCUUCGAAAGAUGUUUGAUCGCUUGGACGUAGAGGGCCAUGGUGAAGUUACCUUGGAUGACUUGGUCAAAGGGGCCCGACAGGACCCCGAGUUUCAGAGCCGCCUGCGAGUCAUGGACAUCGACGAGGUAGACCUUGAGCAGCUUUUCUACAUGAUCGACGUCGACGGUUCUGGGACUGUGGAGGCUGAUGAGUUCAUUGCGCCGCUGAGCAGAUGGGUGCACGAGUCUAAGACUGCGACCCGGUUUAUCAAGUACAACUUGAUGCGUGCGAUGCAUCAGCAAGAAGACUUCUUCCACGACUGUCAGAGAGAGAUCGAGGAGAUGGCGUGCAGGAUACGAGAGCUGACCAACUUCAUGGAAGGGAUCAGCUCACAGUCUGCUUUCACGAAUCAAGCCUCACUCAAAGAAGAUCGCAAUGUCUCCCCGCCCACGGAGUCCAUGGACUCCAUGGAGCUGCUGGACUUCGUCGCAGCACCAGACGUCGAGAUUGAGCAGCCGAAGGUUUCCAAGAAAGAGAUGACAACAGACCUCCUUCGAGCGGCUCUCGAGACGGCGGAGAGACGGCUGGCCGCGGGCACUGAGGAGGCACUGAAGCGAUCCCUUCACGUCCUGGAGGGUGUUCUCCAAGACGUCUUCCGGGAUCUCAGCCUGGAGUACCCGGACGGGGAGAAGACCGCGCUCCUUCACCCCAGCAGGAGGCUGCGUUUGGCCUCGGGUCGAAGCCCGAGCAAAGACAGAGGAGAUCGCGGAGCCCAUUGGCGUUCUGCAAGGAGAUCGCAGUCGGAAGGCAUGCAGGCAGCAAGAUCGGGCAUAAAGGCCGUGCCACCCGGCGACCCUUCGAAGGUUUCGCAGCAUCAGGACAUAUGA